UGAUAAAAUGCGUUUUUAUGAAAUUUAAAUGCUAAAUUUAAUUUUUUGGGAGAUAAUUCUAUAAAUGUUUUACUAUAAACGAAAAUUUGAAUUACGUUUGGUUGGAUCUCAACACAAUAGCUGUGCUGAUGAAUUUAAGCAUUAAUCUAAAAUUGUACCAGACUUCAGUUCCCACGUCUUAUUCAUCAGUAGCGCCCGCUCUACAAAAAUUAGCCUCAAAAAUUAAAACGCUCACUUUAAAUUCAAUACCAGAUUCAACAAAACCAAAAGUUCAAAGGAAAUGCGUAGCCGAGGAUCCAGUAACCGGUUAAUCAGUGGCGCCAGUAGCGGCACAGCCACUGGCAACGGUUCAGCUUUCGGUUCUCGAGUUUCGGCUCUUUUGUUCGCCAUGUUUGCCACCAUGGCCACAGUUUACGUCGCCGGCCGUUUGUGGCAGGAUGCAGAGAAUAGAUUGCAUUUAGUUAAAGAGCUUGAAAUGAGAACUGGUCAGGAUAAAUCUGCAAUUUCAGUUGAUGAUACCCUAAAAAUUAUAGGCUGCAGGGAGCAACAGAAGAAGUUAUCAGCGGUUGAGAUGGAUCUUGCUGAAGCUAGGCAAGCGGGUUUUGGUUCGAAGCAAGUAAAGGACGAUCAUUCUAAAAAAAAUGAUAAGAAGAAGCUUUUAGCUGUCAUUGGAAUUGCUACUACAUUUGGUCGUAAGAGAAAUAGAGAUGCAAUUCGUAAGGCGUGGAUGCCUACUGGUGCGGCUCUUAAGAAACUGGAGGAGGAAAAGAGCAUUGUUGCACGAUUUUUUAUCGGAAGAAGUGCAAAUCGUGGAGACAGUUUGGACAAGGAUAUUGACGAUGAAAAUAGGCUGAAUAAUGACUUCGUUGUCCUUGAUGGACAAGUGGAGGCAACUGAGGAGAAUUCGAAAAAGACAAAAUUGUUCUUUAUACAUGCUGUAGAGAAGUGGAAUGCCGAGUUUUAUGUCAAGGUCAAUGAUGAUGUUUAUGUUAAUAUUGAUGCCCUGGGAGCAACACUUACCACUCAUUUAGAUAAGCCUCGUGUUUAUAUUGGGUGUAUGAAAUCAGGCGAAGUUUUCUCUGAGCCGACCAAUAAAUGGUAUGAACCAGACUGGUGGAAAUUUGGUGAUGGAAAAUCAUACUUCCGACAUGCUUCAGGUGAAAUCUAUGCCAUCUCACAAGCUUUGGCUCAAUUUAUUUCAAUUAACAGAUCUAUUCUCCGAACAUAUGCCCAUGAUGACGUCAGUACCGGAUCAUGGUUCAUUGGGCUUGAUGUGAAGCACAUCGAUGAAGGGAAAUUUUGCUGCUCCUCAUGGUCUACAGGAGCGAUAUGUGCAGCUGUGUGAUUAGUUAGACUAACCUUGAGCUAAUUGAAAGUCAAACUUCAUCAUCUAUAACAUGCACUGUGAGUGAUUCUGAUGCCUUGAAGGUGUGGCAUGAUUGAUUAAUGAGGUUUUUUUUAUGCGAACAUCUACCGUUUGAUUGAUCUAGACCUUUUAUGUUAGCCUUUGGUGCCAAUCAGCCACAAUCAGGAUUAAUCUAAAGCAUUGGAUGAAAGCACCAUUCUUCAACCAGAAAAAGAUUUUGUAAAGCUAUAGUAGCCACAGUUUAAUUGAAAAUGUAAUAUAGCAGUGUUUUUGAAGUACCUAAAAUUUAGCAACCUGGUAUUUCUUACCGAUUCUUCAUAAUAUGGGUCUAGUUUUUCUA